CUCCCCUCUCCCCUCUCCCCUCUCCCAUAACCCUAGAUCCGAGGGCUCUCUCUCUCUCUCUCUCUCUCUCUCUUCCACGCCUCAGCCUCAGAACCCUGAGCACGGGCGCUCUCUCUAACAUUCAAGCUCAAGGAUCAUGGGUGAAGUAAGGGACAACGAAGCCUACGAGGAAGAGCUUCUAGACUACGAGGAGGAUGACGAUAAAGCCCCUGACUCCAUCAACGGCAAAGCCACCGGAGAUUCCGUCAAAAAGGGCUAUGUUGGAAUUCACAGUUCCGGAUUCAGAGACUUCCUGUUGAAGCCAGAGCUUCUUCGAGCCAUUGUUGAUUCGGGAUUUGAACAUCCUUCAGAAGUGCAACAUGAGUGCAUACCUCAAGCUAUCCUGGGAAUGGAUGUCAUCUGUCAAGCAAAGUCAGGGAUGGGUAAAACUGCUGUUUUUGUUCUAUCUACUUUGCAGCAGAUUGAACCAGUGGCUGGGCAAGUUGCUGCUCUUGUCCUUUGCCAUACAAGGGAACUAGCUUACCAGAUUUGUCACGAAUUUGAGAGGUUCAGUACAUACUUGCCUGACAUUAAGGUUGCUGUCUUCUAUGGUGGUGUCAAUAUCAAGAUUCACAAGGAUUUAUUGAAGAAUGAAUGCCCUCAUAUUGUUGUUGGAACACCUGGAAGAGUAUUGGCUCUUGCUAGAGAUAAGGACCUUGGAUUGAAGAAUGUGAGGCAUUUUAUCCUUGAUGAGUGUGAUAAGAUGCUUGAAUCUCUGGACAUGAGGAGAGAUGUGCAGGAGAUUUUUAAGAUGACCCCUCAUGAUAAGCAAGUUAUGAUGUUUUCAGCCACACUUAGCAAGGAGAUUCGCCCAGUUUGCAAGAAGUUUAUGCAAGAUCCAAUGGAAAUUUACGUGGAUGAUGAGGCCAAGCUGACUCUUCACGGUCUGGUGCAGCAUUACAUAAAAUUGAGUGAGAUGGAAAAGAACCGCAAGCUGAAUGACCUCCUAGAUGCCUUGGAUUUCAAUCAAGUUGUCAUUUUUGUCAAAAGUGUCAGUAGAGCUGCUGAGCUGAACAAGUUACUUGUUGAAUGCAACUUCCCUUCAAUCUGCAUCCAUUCUGGAAUGUCUCAGGAAGAAAGGUUGACACGUUACAAAGGUUUCAAGGAGGGUCAUAAAAGGAUCCUUGUCGCAACCGAUUUGGUUGGAAGAGGUAUUGAUAUUGAGCGUGUCAAUAUUGUUAUCAACUAUGACAUGCCGGAUUCUGCUGACACUUACCUGCACAGGGUGGGCAGAGCUGGUAGGUUUGGUACCAAAGGGCUUGCUAUUACGUUUGUCUCUUCUGCGUCCGACUCUGAUGUUCUUAAUCAGGUUCAGGCGAGGUUUGAGGUUGAUAUAAAGGAACUUCCGGAGCAAAUUGACACUUCUACAUAUAUGCCAUCUUGAUGGAUAUGCUGUUUUUGAUGGCGUGGAAGUUCCAGCAUGAAAGAAGCUCGGAGUAGGAAUGGGGAAGUGUUCUCAAUAGGCAUCAGAAUGUUUCAUCUUGUAGUUGCAGUUUUUUAAUGUACAAUAUUGAGAUUCGGGAUUAGGAACAGAAAACGAGAGAUUUUAUGUUACUUGCUGCUUUUAAGCUGUAUAACUCUCUCUCUCUCUGGAUCACUGGCUUUUAAACCGGCAAGUAUUUGUAUUUGUAGUUAGGAUGGACUGAGGCAAAAUACUAGGUUACGAGUUGGAUUGACCUCUGAGCUUUUUAUUUAUGAUCGUAGUAUGAUUUCUGUUUCAGAAUAGGAUCGUUCUGUUUUUCUUUUUGGUGGGUGUGGGUUUCUUUUUACCUCACCACCGGGGUUGAACAGUCCUAUUAUUCUUUGUUGCAGUAAUGAUU